GAGGUAGACUGUGAAGCGGCAGGAGGAGGAAGAGGGGAGGAGAAAGUUAGACACGGACAAUCCUGGAGCAACUUUUCUCUUUUCUUUUCUUUGCAGAGGAGGUCUCAGGGUGUAAAAAAGUCAGGGGGACAAAAGGGGACUUUGGAAUGUAAUAAAACCUGAAGAUUUUCUGUCUGACACAUGAGUUUACGGAUUAAUGUGAUCAAAACAGUUUGUGGAUCAAACAGCAGUUGAAGGCAGUUGUCGGUGGAUGAGGCAAGGCGAGGUGCUGUUUUCAGAGGGGUCAAAACAUGUGGCUUCUCUGCUCCUCCCUGACUCUGCUGGCCAUCACCUUUGGAUCAUGUGACACGCUGAUGUCAGAGCAAGGUGUACAAUGUCCACCCUUGCAAGUGGCUGAUUGGAAGUUUCCUCACAUAGCCAGGGACAAUAUUACCGGUUUUAAUCUAGUGAGGCGAUUCUCCCUGCUCAAGGACGCAAACGUCAAGAAGAUCCGCAACGCUCGAGGUCCAGUCAUCCUACGCCUGGGCAAGACGGCACUCGUGCGCCCCAGCGAUCAGGUGUUCCCUGAAGGCUUACCAGAAGAAUUCACCUUGAUCUUCACCCUGGCUUUGAAAAAGGCUGCUCUUCGAGACACCAUCUACCUCCUUCAGAUAUCAGAUCAGCAGGGAUAUCCACAGCUCUCAGUGGAGCUCAGUGGUCCUGAAGGUAUCCUGUCCUUACGAGCCUCAGGGGUAGACCCUGCAGCCGACCCAGUGAGCUGUGCUUUCACUGGGGAGGGUGUGGAGGCUCUGAUGGACUUCCGUUGGCACAAGGUGACCCUCAGUGUUCAACGCAGUGCCGCCUCCCUCCACGUGGACUGCAGGCCCAUCGAGACUAAGCCUCUUGAGCUGCGAGGAGUUCCGAAAACUGAUGGACACACACUGCUGGGUGUUCGUGCUUCAGAUGCUGGACCAGUGCAAAUGGAUAUUCAGCAGGUGACGCUGUACUGUGACCCUUCGCUUGCCAUUCAAGAGACUUGCUGUGAGAUUCCUGGUGCUCAGUGCCCUCCUGAAGCGUCAAAGAGCCGCCGAGCUGCUGAAAAUGACCUGGUUGACAAUACUUUCACCCAGGAUUUCUUUCCAUCGAAGGAUCUUGCAGAAAAGGUUGUAAACUUUGGUGGAGCUGCUGGGUUGAAAGGAGAAAAAGGUGACCGGGGUGAUGACUGUUCUGGCACCAGUUCAGGUCCAUGCACUGAAGGACCCAAAGGCCAAAAGGGAGAGAAAGGCGAGUCGGGAACGGCUUCCAACUGGGGUGAAGCACUUGGGUACAAGGGAGAAAAAGGUCAGAAAGGAGAAAUUGGUCUACAAGGGCUGACAGGAACACCAGGGAAAGACGGUCGAGGAGGGUCCGUCUGUGUGGUCGGCCCCAAGGGGCAGAAGGGUUUGCCGGGUCCAGUGGGUCCUGAAGGGUUGGCUGGGGAGCCAGGGAAGCCUGGACUUCCAGGUCCACCAGGAAUUGGAAAGCCAGGUCCUCCGGGUCUUCCUGGUGAACCUGGCAUAGGAAAAGGAGAGAAGGGAGACACGGGACCUACAGGAGAAGACGGAUUGCCAGGAGAUCCAGGACCAAGAGGCCCAGGAGGCCCUAAAGGAGAGAAGGGCGACCCAUGCGAAGUGUGCCCAGUGUCCACUGGAGACAUCAACACAGUGGCUUUACAAGGGAAGCCUGGUCCAAAAGGAGAGCCCGGAUCCCCGGGGACUGGAGACACAGGACUUCCUGGACCGAGAGGUGCAGAUGGCAAAGCAGGACAAAAGGGAGAACGGGGAUCAGAUGGUGCCAAAGGAGAGAAGGGGGAGUCAUGUUCUGCAUGCCCUGAUCCUGAACAAUUUGCAAACCUCAAUGGCAUUACAACCGUGAUGCAGCAGAAGGGUGAAAAAGGGGAGCCUGGGAUUGGACAUAAAGGGGAGCAAGGUGAGCCAGGAAACACAGGGUUACCUGGACUUAAAGGAGAGAAGGGUAAUGCAGGCAGCACAGGCGCUGAUGGGAAGCCGGGGAAAACUGGACCGAAGGGACUCAGUGGCAAGAAUGGACUGAAAGGGGAAAAGGGUGAACAAGGGGAGCCUGGAACUGGUGAGCCUGGCCCAAAGGGUGAGAAGGGCGAGUGUGGUGUGUGUCAGCCAACAGAACCUGGCAGCCAACUCGCUGGAAUCAAAAUGCCAGAGGGAAGAAAAGGUGAACCUGGCCCUCCAGGUCCACCUGGACCACCAGGUCUCGGCGCUGAUGGCAAACAGGGACCACCGGGCCUGCCUGGUGCAAAGGGAGAGCAGGGUGAUCAAGGAGAUCAAGGAGAAAAGGGACUGAGUGGCGUUCCUGGAGUCCCAGGACCACCCGGAGAGCCUGGUCAGGAUGGACUAAGGGGCUUGAAAGGAGAGAAGGGGGAGGCGUGUACCAGCUGUUCUUCUCCUGGCGCUGUAGAUGGUGAUGGUACAGCUGUGCCAGGCCCCAAAGGAGAGAAAGGAGACCCUGGUCCCCCUGGAGCAGGAAAGCCUGGCAAGAAUGGAAAAUCAGGUACUCCAGGUUUACCAGGUUCACCUGGUUUCAAAGGAAGCAAGGGAGAACCUGGAGCUGCAGGAGUUGGCCUUCCAGGACCACAGGGUGAAGAAGGACCAAGGGGUCUCCCAGGACUUGUUGGACUUCCUGGUAUUCCAGGAUCACCUGGCCUUAUUGGACCUGCAGGGGAAAAGGGCUCCAAGGGUGACAUGGGGCUUCCUGGGCCUCAGGGGCCUACUGGCUUGGGAGUAGCGGGGCCUCCAGGUAAAGAUGGAGUCGCGGGUGCUAAAGGACAGCCAGGAACUGACGGCCAACCUGGACGUGAUGGAGCUAAGGGGAACAAGGGUGAACCAGGAGAAUGCAAAUGUAUAUCAGGGUCAACACUUGUAGGUGGGCCUGGAGCUCCAGGAACUGCAACAAACAUGUGGCAGGAAGGGCCCCAGGGUCCCCCAGGACCUCCUGGCCCUCCUGGCCCCCCUGGAGCUCAGGGAGUUAAUGGAAUCCAAGGACCCCAGGGUAUCCCUGGAAACGACGGGAUACCAGGGAACCCGGGUAUUCCUGGAAAAAUUUACUAUACUGGACAGUACCCUCAAGACGAAACACAAAAAGAAGAGGAAUGUAAAGGGGACUGUUCCCAGGGGUCGCCAGGGGUACCGGGCAUGUCUGGUGCCAAGGGGGAAAAAGGAGACCAGGGCAAGCCUGGUUCAACUGUUUUGGACAACUGUGACAGGUGUCUGGAGAGGCUGCAGAGAGAACAGGCGACACAGGCGAUGGUUAGUGCACAUUGUGGUGAUCGAUCCUGCACAGGAGCACCUGGAGUUCCAGGAACGCCCGGAUCACCAGGAUUCAAAGGGGACCCUGGUGCACCAGGAGAACGAGGCCAACCUGGAUCACCUGGAAUUAUGGGACCUCCUGGUUUCCCAGGUCCUGGGGGUUCAUCUGGUUCACCGGGUCAGCAGGGUGAGCGUGGGUUGCCUGGCCUCCCAGGAUUAAAGGGUGAACAGGGCCCUCCGGGGACACCUGGUUAUCCAGGAAGCAUGGGACCGCCUGGACUGCAUGGGCUGAAGGGUGAACGCGGAACCCCUGGAAGCUCUGGUCAGAAAGGGGAAUUGGGUCCUCCUGGUACCCCUGGAUAUCAAGGACAGGCUGGCCCACCGGGCAUUAAAGGAGACACGGGACCUGCAGGAUCGGCUGGUGAGAAAGGCGAACAGGGUUUCCAAGGACAACCAGGAUUUCCAGGACCACCAGGCCCCCCUGGUCCAGCUGGAAAAUCAGGAAGAGAAGGUUCUCCUGGAUUGAAGGGUGAAAAGGGUAAUGAUGGUCCAUCAGGCUCCCAGGGACCAACCGGGCCCCCAGGCUCACCUGGUUCUCCAGGAUUGAUGGGCCCCCCUGGCAUUGAGGGAAUAGAUGGGAAAGAUGGAAAACCAGGCCUGCGAGGAGAGCCAGGUCUUCAAGGCCUGCAAGGACCUCGAGGAAUACCUGGAUUCAAAGGGAAAACAGGACAUGUUGGCUUUCCUGGACAGAAGGGAGAACCUGGACCAUCAGGUCCACCAGGACCACCCGGCAGGCCAGGCCAUGAAGGUGAUCCUGGUACUCCUGGAGUUCAAGGACGACCAGGACCUUCAGGCCACAUCGGUCCCACAGGCCCAGCAGGACCUCCAGGACCACCUGGUCCAGCAGGAGUGGGUACGCAAGGAGACAAGGGCCAAGCUGGAGAAAGAGGCCUCCCAGGGAUGGUUGGACCUCCAGGACCACCUGGACAUCCAGGACCUUUGGGUGAGCCUGGCAGUGAUGGUGCUGCUGGUAAAGAUGGAGCGGCAGGUACACCGGGGAACAACGGACAGCCAGGUCAAAAGGGUGAACCAGGUUCCCCUGGGCAAAGGGGUCCUCCUGGAGAGAGAGGCAGACCAGGUCCCCCAGGGGGUGGAGGGUACCCCUCCAAGGAUGAACGACCCAUGAUGGGACCUGUUGGACCCAGAGGAGAACGAGGAAGCCCAGGCUCAGCAGGCCCACCCGGACAGCCUGGCUCCCCAGGGUCACCAGGAAAUGAUGCUGUCGUCAAUUACGAUGAAAUCAAGAACUUCAUUCGCCAACAGGUCAUCAAGAUAUUUGAUGAGAGAAUGGCCUACUACAUGUCUCGCAUGCAGAUGCCAGUAGAAAUGGUGUCAUCACCUGGUCGACCAGGACCCCCGGGGAAGGAUGGUACCCCAGGUAAUCCCGGACCCCCAGGUGCUCCUGGACAUCCGGGACAGAUUGGCAGGCAAGGACGGCCAGGAGGGCAGGGACUUCCAGGACCACAAGGACCACCUGGAGUAAAGGGUGACAAAGGUGUCGGAGAGAUGGGAGAUAUAGGACCCCCUGGACCAGCAGGUGUUCCAGGCGCCCCUGGCUAUGGCAAAAUGGGACCCCCUGGUCCUGUUGGCCAGCAAGGUGUUCCUGGAAUUCCAGGCCCUCCUGGACCUCCUGGAACGAAAGGAACCAAUGGUCGGUGUAAUCCUUCAGACUGUAUGAGCCACCAAGUGGAAUACAGCCCCAAAGGUCCACCUAUGAAAGGCCCCUGGUAAAGGGUUGCAAAGGAAAUGAUGGUCAAGGGUUUGGGCCCACAGCAAAAAGACUACAGUUUAUGGAGAAGCCAGAAUGAUGACCUGAUUAUAUUUAAUCUGACCUGAGAUUGAAUAAAAAAAAAAACAGAGAUUACCUUUCUUGUUGCGCAGACAAAGAGAUUUGUCAACUGAUUUCUACCAAAGAUCUGAGAAAAAGGUCUUGCUGGAACUGAGGCUUGUAAAAACAUACAGGAAGCCACUUUUCAUUUCAUCGUUUUCUUUCUGCUUGAAUGUCCAUUCAUUUUUACAUAUUGUGGUCUGUAAUUUGUUUCAAGACACUUUUCACAUUAUAGUUUAUUCAAGUAACCUAAGCUAGUAACUAAAUGUAUUUUUUAGGUUGUUUAUCAUUGAUCUGUUUUGUUCAUUGAUUAGAUUUUUUAAGUGAUCAUUGGAAUUUCUUUUUGUUUAAACCUACAAAAAGAGAAAACAGACUGUUUUUGCAGAGUUUUGCCUCCAUGCCUCCUAUCUUUGUUGCUCCUUCUUCAAACAAUUCCAUUCUGAGUACAACCUAUGCAUUUCUAAUCAUCUUGGUGGCUGAGGUUUGACUGACAACUAUUUGAGUUUAUCUUGUAAAAAAAAAAGAAAGAAAGAAAAGAAAAUCUCUAGAAACAUAUUUCCUUUCAGUUGAAACAGAUGUCAUUUUGCAUUCAUGCCCUCCUUGAUGGAUUGCUUGUUUUGUACAUAUUUAUAUGUAUAUAUAUUGGCAUUUUAUACUUUUAGAAGUUUUUGAUAUUGGGCCAACUAAUCAUUUUCUACUUUUUUUUAAAAAUGCUAGUAGUUAUUUCUGCAACAAAUGAUAAAGAAUUUUAUAAUCUAAAGUUUAUAAGCUUUUAUAACAGAAGCACAUGGUCAGUAAAAGCCAAAUUAUUUAUUGAAGAAAAUUGCCCUUAUACAGGAAAUAGGCUGGCUUUUGUGUUUGUUCUUUAGACUCCAAUACAUUUGGAAAUGAAACCAUUUAUAGAUUCUCAUCUCAUUUCCAAACUAGUUGUAGUGACCACCUGUUUGCUCUACUUACCUCUUGUGGAAGAAUGUCUCUUUUUAAUGGACAAAUUUGAAGUCCGUUCAUUACAGGUACUGUAAAGCACAACCACUGAUCACAGCCGCCUGGGCCUCACAAUCACAACACUAAUCAAGACAAUAUUCUGAAACAUCACAACUUUGGAAUGUUACAUUUUACUGCAUUCAGUUUUUUUCCUUUGUCAUUUGAACAUUUUAAUUUUAUAUUUCAACUCAUUUAGUUGCUUUUUCCUUUUUGUCUCUGGCUUUUGAACGAUGUUAGUCAAACUUUUACAAAAAAAGCAAACUCUAUGGAAAUGUUAAACUGAAUUAAAGAAGCUUUUAAUAGUG